GCUUUACGCGUCUCCUUAAAGUUGACCUUUGCUCCUCCAUCAUCCUCCGUGUAUACCCUCCCUUAAAAAAUUUCAUCUCCCCUUGUUUUAUUAUAAAAAAUGGGUCGCCCUCUUUACUCCAAAGCGUACCAGACAGAGCCUAUCAUAAGAGAGCCAGAGGCUCCUUGCUCUUACGCAAAAUGGUCAUACAUCAACGCUUUUGACCCAGACUCUGACGAGUUUUUCGAAAACGACCAGGCGGUAUACGAGGCCUUCGUUGACCACGUGCCUGUGGAACACUCGGAAGACGAAGAAGAUACGGAGGAGGACAGGGAUAUGGUAGUCAUCAGACUAGACAUCUCUGGCGAGGACAGUUUUAGCGACCGUGACAGUCCAAUGGCUGUUGGCGCUGAUGACUUCGCCCAGUACAUUGCUCAUGCCUACCGAAGGCAGACAGCAGAGACGGAAAUUCCCGUCCGAGUUCGUCUCGCAGCCCACAGCACCGCUGGCGAUGUCCAGAGUGACGCGCCAAUGUCCCACGAAUCAAUAGAGAUCGAUUCUUCGCGGGAUACUGUGGUACCAUUAGACGUACCUCCACAGCCACUACCCAUCACGCAGCUACACAUUAAUGCCUCUGAUCACGCGCAUCAUGAACCUCAAGAUGAACUCCCCCUUCCACCUCCAAGCGCACCAAUCCCUGUUCCCGGCGCACGCACCCAGCCCUCUUCGUCUGUUGAAGGGUUAUCUUUCUCCUCGUUCUACCACCAGCAUGUACCAUUAACACCACCCUCGCACCACACACCCUUUACUCGUUUUUCCCCAUCACCACCCCCCACAGUCUCACCCCGUAUAUACACUUGGGCGUCCCAUCGCCAGACAUAUUCGCCCGCCGGCACGAGUCCUCUACCUAACACUAACGCACGCAUGUCUCAUGCUCAUAUUUCCCCCGCACUCGUCCGUGUCCGAGACGUCAUGGCUUGAUUAUAAAUCUUUAAAACGUCCCAAUCUCUUGAUACAUAACAUCUUCCUUUCCUUCACUUUGACUAGGGUUUUCCAGGCGUUCUAGCACGCACAAUCCACAUGAUCUUUAUCCCACUUCAUACACUCAGCUAAUCCAUUACUUAUGCACUAUUACAAUGGCCCUCGAUGACCUACAUCCAUCAUUGCUGUACUAUCCUGUGCUUCUAUAGUCGUUGCAUAGCGGUGUGGUAUAGAUUAGAUCUGGUGCUUUGAAUUCAUCCGCUUUCAA